AUGCUGCCCGACUGUAACGAUUCCGUAACUCGUGAGGGGAUACACUCAAGCGAAUCUCGAUUGUUGAGCUCCGUGGCUCCAUGGUGGCUUCUCCUGCAGGCUCCAGAAGAUUGGGAAUCCGAUCGCAUGGAGUUCUUAACUCGCUAUAAGCCGCGUUUUCAUCUUUUCCUUGAUGCUUUACGGGGGGCCGAAUCGGACAUGAUAUCUGAUGGUACGUUGCUCGAGUCUCAGAGGCUGUCGCCACGCAUGGGCGAGUCUUUGGAUAACGGCCUGUUCUGGUCCCUUGAGGACCGAUUACAGUAUCUGGACCAUGAAGAGCGGAACAAGAUGGACGCAAUUUACCCCAUUAAGAUGAAACAAGCAGAGGAUGGCAAAAUCGACCCCCAUUAUUCACUUGAUGGUAUCAUGGAGCUGUAG